GAAGGGAGUGAGAAAAACCACUGCGGUGUAAAUUUAUUUUGUCGCUAUUGAGAAAUUAUUAUUCAUAGGAAUAAAUAGAUUAUCACCGAAUGCGUAGGUGAAUUACUUAAAUGCUGGGAAUUAAUUUUUGAGCAUCAGAAAAAAUCCGAACAGACUCACGAUUCUGCAGUUAGUAUAGACGCUUAGCAAUAGAAAUAUGGAAGCAAAAUACCUCGAUAAAAUGAUAUGGUUUUCAGUUAUACUUGGUGCUGUCAUGAACCUAUCAUGUGGCUAUACUAAUAUUCUUGGUGAAGUAAGAGAGGUUGAAAAAGAUGUAAAAAAUAUUAAACAGGAAUUGAAAAGUUUACAUGCUAGGAAGGACGUUGAAAGCUCAGGCUACUUAUCGAAAAAAGACAUAGACGAGGAAAUCAGAAAAAAGAAUGAAGAGAUUCUACAUAAUUAUUUGGACGUUUUGCCAGAACUUGUUCCAGAUUUGUUUGCAGUGAAUUAUACCAAUUCGAAACGGAAGAUGUUGCGUUUAGUACGAAGAAAAUUGAAACGACGAAAACAUCACUUUCACAAAACUUGUGGUAGAAGAUACACUGUGCUGGAGAAAUGGUUAGAGGCACAGCUGCAAAAUGUCCAAAAAAGAGCUGCCAAAAAAUAUAUAAAUAACUGUACGAAGAUAGAUGCAAAGAAUCGCAAAACAGGACGUGACGAUAUUGGCAAAAGAGGAGAGAAUCAUAGAUAUCCAUCAACUACGACAUUGUUUUGCAGUGAUAAAGGUGAUUAUGAGAGUGAUGGUUCGGUGACAAUGUGCAAAGAAUGUUUAGUACGAACUGACUUAAGCGAAAGGGUAUUUCCGCGAUAUAUUCAUGAAGUAACGUGUGGAGAUGCUUUCAACGACAACUUUUGUUUUUCUGGCGAGGGGAUGUGUGUCGAAAAUUACAUAUAUGUGACAUUUUUAAUUGAUGACAAUGAAGUAGGAAUGGACAGAUUGUGUGAAUGGAGGAAAUACCAACAAGCAAUUAGGACUUCAUGUUCUUGUCAAAUUAUGAGUACCUCAUUUUUUAGAGGCUUUCUUUAAAACAUGUUACACACACUUUUAGAGAUUCAUGACUUUAUAAAUAUUUCGUCACUGUUUAUAAUACACAUCUUUUUAUUUAUAAAAUUAUAUUUUUUUGUAGUUUUUUUUCUUAAAAUUUAAAACGCGUUUUAGUAAGAUCAUUGUCCAUCCUUCAAUUUCUCAAUAUUUCAUAAGCUUAAAGUUAAACUAAAAUCGAAGCCUAACGUUUCGUCAACUAUGUUUUUUUCAAAAAAAGUUCUGGUAAUAUUUUACGAUUCUACAAAGCAUGGUGGUUUGAGCCUGCUGUAUAAAAGCAUCAGAAACUUUGAACAGAAAAUACGAUUCUUCCUGGAACUAAAGUAAUUGGAUCUUAAGCAGAUCGUUGUUAUUUGGAGAAAUUUCGAGGUUCUAGUGACGUCACUGAGAGCUGACAUAAGCAAAAAGUUAUUUGAAUCAUUUCGUUUUUUUUAUGACAUACUUUAUAUGCCCUAAGUUUAAUUUUAUUUUAGUAAGCCUAAAAAUAGGAAUCCGUCUCCCAAUCAUAAUAUGUUUAAAAAAACAUGGACCAAAUGGGGCUAGGUUCAAAUGGUGUAGCCUUUGUUUGAUCAAGCGUAGCGAUAGCGCAAAAUGCCAUGACAAAAAAGGCCAGGAAUAUAAAGAUCAUAUAGAAUAACAUGACCGUUUAAGAAUUACAUAAUCUAACAGAAGUAUCUGUUGUGGGAAAGAAAGAGCUUAAUCCAUUUGGCGUUAAUUAAUGAAAAAAGAAAUUACGCCACUGCAGGUGGCCAAUUACGCCAAUAGAUUCAAAGUGGUCAAUUAUGCCAAUAGCUUCAAAGUGGGAAAAAUGAUCUUUUUUUUCAAUAACAUUUGAUAUAAUUCUGAUUAUAUUAACACAAAAUGAUCUAUGGAUGUUGUUCCUUUUAAUUAACGUCCUUCUUACGUCCUUAACCUUCUCACGAAUAAUUAGGAAUAAAUAACAGAUAUGUCGAAAGGAGGUCUGUUUAUACAAGUUGAAUAAUACUUCUCGCGAGCGUCUCUAUGAAGAA